AAUGAUGGGACAACGUAAAGGAUUAUCAACAUCCGAUAUUGAGGCACUAAACAAAAUGUAUUGCAUGCCAGGUUGUGAGGAUAAACUGGUCUAUUGUGGAAUAUGGGCAAGCAAUAAUUUAUGUAAUCCACAAAUGUGGAGAAGAGUAGUUGUCUAUGAAUGGAUUAUAAGUAAUUGCCAAAAGUCGUGCAACAAAUGUGGUGAAAAACUGGAACCAGUUAAAAAUAGGCCUUUUUAG